GUCGCCGCGCGGCCGCGGGAGUCGCUGAGCGUGCUGGUGUCCUCCACCCUCUGGCUCUCUCAUUCUUGACCAGGAGUGACCCUUCGCCCUGGAGCCUUCUCAGGCCGCCUUGCGGGACAGACCCUCUAGCCUGGAGCGCGGGGGUUCAACUUCCCGAAGCUCCGUGGCUGACGGUGUGACCUUGGGCAAGUCUUGCUUGCUGGGCCUCAGUUUCCCUAUCUGCACCAGGUCUGGGCCAUGAACUCCUCUGGCAGCAGGAGGCAGGAAGCAGCAGGGCCGAGGAGUAGAAGAGCUCACAGACCCCGGGAAGAGGACCGAGAUGUGCAACUGUCCAAGGCUCUGUCCUAUGCCCUGCGCCAUGGGGCCCUGAAGCUGGGGCUUCCCAUGGGAGCUGAUGGCUUUGUGCCCCUGGGCACCCUCCUACAGCUGCCCCAGUUCUGCAGCUUCUCAGCCGAAGAUGUGCAACGCGUGGUGGACACCAGUGAGAAGCAGCGGUUUGCCCUGCAGCCAGGGAGCCCCAGCACUGGCCCUCUCAUCCGGGCCAAUCAGGGUCACUCCCUGCAGGUGCCUGCACUGGAGCUGAAGCCCUUGGAGACCCCGCAGGCCCUGCCCCUGAUGCUUGUCCAUGGCACAUUCUGGAAGCACUGGUCAUCCAUUCUGCUCAAGGGCCUAUCUUGCAGGGGAAGGACACAUAUUCACCUGGCCCCAGGACUGCCUGGGGACCCUGGCAUCAUCAGUGGCAUGCGGCCAAAUUGCGAAGUAGCUGUUUUCAUUGAUGGGCCCCUGGCCCUGGCAGAUGGAAUCCCCUUUUUCCGCUCUGCCAAUGGGGUGAUCCUGACUCCAGGGAAUGCUGAUGGAUUCCUGCUUCCCAAGUACUUCAAGGAGGCUCUGCAGCUGUACCCUACCAGAAAGCCCCUUUCCUUGGCUGGUAAUGAAGAGACAGAGUGUCACAGUGUCCCCAAAGAUAGCUCCAGAGGAAGAAGAAUGAUCCAACAAUAAAAUAUUUAUUUUAAAAAGA